ACUUAAACAAAAGAUAUGACGCCAAGAUUGUAACGAAAGUGGCUCCGAAAAACUCGGCCAUCUGGGGGCAUUGGAAGAGGAGUGGCGCCAACUUGCUAAUUACCACAGCCAGAAAUAUCACAGAAGCAGCCCAAUUUUUCACAUCGGCUAUGUCAGCAAAGUUGGAAAUGAGAAUUAAGCAAGGAAUCAUCGGUAGUGAGGUAGAAGUUCGGAGGUACGAACUCUAUGCCGCCAUGAUCAAAUUCAACAAAGUUUUCCAUAACAAAACAAUUGAAGAUGCAAAUGACGCAGGAGACUUGCCCAGCGAAACCCACCAAUAUCUGGAACCAGAGUUUGCAAAGCCGGAAGUAUACGACGCGUUUCGUACCGCCUGCAUCAUAUACAAGUCCGUGAGGCUGAAACAUAAGGUGGAACGGGACAUCGGCAAGCGCCUCCAAGCACGGGUUGCCUUCUUCAGGGAGGCAGGCUCCUGUCCCGACGGAAGAAGCCACAGAAGAAAUCUGCUUCAUGAUCAAUUUGCAGCUGACGGGGGUAAACUGGGAGCAAAAAACCGUCAUUUUAAAAGUGCAGCUUUCUGGUCGCUGCCUCGCCGCCUCAUAAACACGAAAGUUGGUUGUAUGCUAAACAUAGAUCAAUUCAUCCACUUGGGCUACGAGGAGCAAUGUCGUUUGCUUUGGCUAUAAGAAACACUUUAGCAGAGGCCCGCUAAACCUUGCUAACCGCCACUACUUUAAUUGUUAUAUUCACAGUCAUCAUCCAAGGUGGUACCGCAAAUUUUUUACUUAACUGGCUAAAAAUACCGUAAGUUUCUGGAUAUAGUACGAGAAAAAAGUGUUUUGUUUUUUAUUUUCGUCAACGUGCGCAGUGUGAGUACUUGUAGAAAA